CGCGAUGGCCUGGGACCGCUGGGCCCGGCAGAGCUCAGAGCCAGUGGCCGGGGCGGCUGCAGGUGCCCAGGGAGCUCCGCCCGAGGGGCCGGAGGGAGCAGCGGGGCAGCGAACGCGAUCGGGAGAGGCCAGUUCUCCGAGACCGGCGGCCUGAAGGAGUCUCUGGGGCCGACGUGCUUCUGCCCGUGUCUUGGCUCGGGUACCCGUCUGGGGCGUCUCCCCGUUACUCAGCGCCCCAGGUACCAGGCUGAAGCCGCCCAACUGGAGGGGCUAGGGGUGCCGAGGCCACCACCGACUGAAGAACCUGGAGCUGGCUGCUGUGGGCAGAUCAGACGUCCAUGUGAAGAUGCUGGCAGCCCCUGUCAAUCCAUCUGACAUUAAUAUGAUCCAAGGAAAUUAUGGCCUCCUUCCCAGGCUGCCUGCUGUUGGAGGGAAUGAAGGUGUUGGACAGGUCAUAGCAGUGGGCAGCAGUGUGACCAGGGUGAAGCCAGGAGACUGGGUGAUUCCAGCGAAUGCUGGUUUGGAGUCCAGUCGUUUGAGAUCCUCAGCCACCUGCUGUGUGACACUAGCUAACUCUGCUGGAACCUGGCGAACCGAGGCUGUGUUCAGCGAGGAAGCGCUCAUCUCGGUUCCGAGUGACAUCCCUCUUCGGAGCGCCGCCACCCUGGGCGUCAAUCCCUGUACGGCCUACCGGAUGCUGAUGGACUUCGAGCAGCUGCGGCCAGGGGAUUCUGUCAUCCAGAAUGCAUCCAACAGUGGAGUGGGGCAAGCAGUCAUCCAGAUCGCCGCGGCCCUGGGCCUGAGGACCAUCAACGUGGUCCGAGACAGACCUGACAUCCAGAAGCUGACCGACAGACUGAAGAAUCUGGGGGCCCAUCAUGUUGUCACAGAAGAAGAACUAAGAAAGCAUGAGAUGAAAAACUUCUUUAAGGACGUGCCCCAGCCUCAGCUUGCUCUCAACUGUGUCGGCGGGAAAAGCUCCACGGAGCUGCUGCGGCACUUGGCGCCUGGAGGAACCAUGGUGACCUAUGGGGGGAUGGCCAAGCAGCCUGUCAUCGCCUCUGUGAGCCUGCUCAUUUUUAAGGAUCUCAAACUUCGGGGCUUUUGGUUAUCCCAGUGGAAGAAGGAGCACAGUCCAGACCAGUUCAAGGAGCUGAUCCUCACGCUGUGCGAUCUCAUCCACCGAGGCCAGCUCACGGCCCCUGCCUGCUCCGAGGUCCCACUGCAGGACUACCAGCGUGCCUUAGAAGCAUCCAUGCAGCCUUUCGUGUCUUCCAAGCAGAUCCUCACCAUGUGAUGUGAUAAUCCCAGAGGAGCCGGAGCCAAGUGGGAGGGGAGACGGACCAGCAGGACUGGUUUCGGGCCCCCCACUUGGGGCCCCUCCGCCUUACGCAGGCUGCUCCUCUCCCCACUGUCACUUCUGAGGCGGAGAAUUGGGAGGCCAGCCAAGGCUUUCCCUGGGGCCAGCCUCCGGGUAUCUAAUAAAGUCCGAACUUCUUAAAAAAACAAAGAAAAAACAAUAGAAGUCACCCCUAAUAAGAAGGACCAUCCCUUGCCAGCUCCCAGCACUAGAAGCCCCUCUUGCCCACCCUCCACCUGUCCUCCAGCCAUCACUUCCUGACCGCCCUGAAAGCAAAGCCUUGACGGGGCUGGCAGGUACAAAAGCCAGUAAAACAGAUCUCUGCCCUCAAGCCCUCCAAGCCCACAGAGGAGAAUCUUCUAAAAAGGAAGGUUUGACUCAUUCUCAGGUGGCCUUCGGCUCAAGCUGGGACGGGGAGGAUCAGCUCCACAGAGGAGUGAAUGCCAGGCUGAGAAACCAAGGAAACGGGGUCUCAGGUGCCUGGACCAUCCUCACGGAACUUCCAUUCUAACUGGGGAGACAGAUGUUACACCAGUGGUUCUCAGCCUGAGCUCAUUUUGCUCCCAGGGGACACUGCGGUUAUCAUAAUCGAGGGGGUGCUACUAGCGCCUAGUGAGUAGAGGUCAGUGACGCUGCUACAGCAUCUCACUGUGCACAGCACAGCCUCCCUCAGCAAGGGCUUAUCCAGCCCAAAUGUCCACAGUGCCGCUGUUGAGAAACCCCACAUCAAACCACUGGUCCCACGACAGUUACCGUAGUGAUGAGUGUGCAAAAGAAGACAUGCGUGAAGUGCUGUGAGCGCCUAACCAAGGUCCUGUCCUAGGCCUCCCUGAGGUGAAGCUUGAAAGUGGGCUCUGAAAAAUGAGUAGGUUUAUUCAGACAAAGAGAAGAGUUUGACACUA